ACAUAGAGAAGUAGCAACACAGACUCGCUUCUGGCACAUUACUGGUCACCAGUAAGCUCCCAGACACCAUGGUGCAUUUUACUGCUGAGGAGAAGGUUGCUGUUGUUAGCCUGUGGGCCAGGGUGAACGUGGAGUUGGUUGGAGGCGAGGUCCUGGGAAGGCUCCUGGUUGUUUAUCCAUGGACCCAGAGGUUCUUUGACAGUUUUGGCAACUUGUCCUCUGAGUCUGCAAUAAUGGGCAACCCCAAAGUCAAGGCCCAUGGCAAGAAGGUGCUGACCUCCUUUGGACAUGCUGUUAAACAUAUGGAUGACCUCAAGGACACCUUUGCUGAGCUGAGUGAGCUGCACUGUGACAAGCUGCACGUGGAUCCUGAGAACUUCAAGCUUCUAGGCAACAUGAUAUCGAUUGUCUUGGCAACCCACUUCAGCAAGGAGUUUACCCCCCACAUGCAGGCUGCUUGGCAGAAGCUGACAGCUGCCGUGGCAAAUGCUCUGGCCCACAAGUACCACUGA